AUGGCCACCUUUGUGGCUUCUCGUCGAGGAUCGCCGAAGCUCUGCUUCGAAGGUUACAUGUACACCAAGCACAGGACCAACGACGAAAAGACGGCAAGGAGAUGCGAGAAAUUCCAGGAGGGUUGCCGGGGACGAGCUGUUACAGCAGGUGAGACGACCACUGUUACACAAGGCCAUACUUGCCAUCUACCGAGUCCGGAAAAUGUCGCUGCGGCGCGUUUACAAGAUGAGAUCAAAACUGCAGCCAAGCGUUCCCACGACACCCCUCGGAACGUCGUCACCGCCUGCCUACAAGGGGCAAGACCGGCGACUAUCGCGAAGCUCCCCAAGCUGUCAUCACUGGAAAGGAAGGUGAACAGAGUUCGACGCGAAGCCCAUGGCGCAGCUCAAGUUCCCCACCGAAUCGACGACAUAAUUGUACCUGAACACCUGCGCAUGACAAGAACAGCGCCACCUGAAGUAUUUCUCGCAGGGUACACAGGCUGUAGUGACUGGGAAAGAAUAAUAAUUUUCGCCUGUAACACGGACCUGUACCGUUUAAACACCUGCGAAACCUGGUUGUGUGACGGCACAUUUAAAGUAGCACCAGAGAUGUUUUACCCGCUUUGGGUUGUUCAUGGCCUCUACAAAGGCAGGGUGCUUCUCCUUGUAUACUGUCUCUUGCCGAACAAGCGCGAAGCGACGUACAAAAGAGCAACGCGCAUGCUACUUGAGGCUAUUGACGAUGCCACUUCAAGCCCACGGCAGGUGCACACAAUAGUGAUGGACUUCGAAAAGGCUGAAGAGAAUGCUUUUCGGGAAUGCAUUCCUGACGUCGAUGUGCAUGGAUGCUUAUUUCAUUUCGCGCAAAGCAUCUGGCGCCGAAUUCAAGAGCUGGGCAUGCACACGCGAUUCAUUGAUGAUUCCAGCUACCACCUCAUCGUGAAGAAAUUCAUCGCACUGUGCUUCUGCGAUGUUUUCGACGUCUACGACAGAUAUCGCAUGCUCGCAAGACAGCUGCUGGACUUGUUUGGACGCACAGAACAGCACCAAGAGUUCCUAGACUACUUUGAGAAUACCUGGGUCGGUCGACCCCACAAGAACCCAAGGUUCCCAAUAUCUAUGUAA